AUGUCCAUCCAUAUCUCACGUAUGUUGAACCUCUACAAGAUCCCUCAGCAUGCUCCAUCCAUGAAAGGCUGGAAAAGGUGCCGAGAGAAAGAAAAACGGAGGCGUCUGUCUCAAGAGUUGAGGGAAAAGAUUCUGUCCAUGGACGGCUACCACAUUUACCACACAGUCUGGACAGUUGCACAUGCUUUACAUGCAGCUUAUGCUCUCCAGUCCCAGCGAAGGGCCACAAAGAAUGGAAACAGAUCAGGAGUUCAAAGACUGCAGCCUUGGCAGCUUCACCCCUUCCUGCACAUCUCCCAGUAUUACAAUAAUUCCAUUGAGGGAGUCUAUUUGGAUGAGAAAGGGGACCUGGCUGCUGACUUUGACAUCACGUAUUGGGUGACGUUUCCCAAUUGGUCUGUUUACAAAACGAACAUUGGGAGUCUGGAAAGAGAGGGAUGUUCAGAAGACAAAUUCAAGUUCAGAAUGGACCAGGAUAAAGUCAGAAGGGCCAUACAGGUCGAUGAGCCCCUGCCAAGUUCUCGGUGUGUGGACAGUUGCCUGCCUGGAUUCGUCAGGCUGCUUGACAAGAAUAAGCCAGUUUGUUGUUAUAGUUGUGUUCUUUGUGCAGAGGGGACAAUCUCCACUCAGGAAGAUGCUGAACAGUGUGUGAGAUGCCCUGAGGACCAGCGAGCAAACAAAGAGCGAAUUCAGUGUGUUCCUAAGGUGAUAGUCUUCCUAUCCUACACAGGAGAUCUGGGGAUCAUCCUUAUUUCUGUUGCUUUAUUUUUCUCUUUGAGUACUGGCUUUGUUUUAAGCAUAUUUAUUAAGCACCUGGACACUCCAGUAGUCAAAGCCAACAACCGGGACCUGUCCUACCUGCUCCUCAUUUCCCUCCUGCUGUCCUUCUUGUCUACCUUCCUCUUCAUUGGACAGCCAAGAAGAGAAACCUGCCUUCUACGACAAUCAGCCUUCAGCAUCAUUUUCUCUGUGGCUGUCUCUUCUCUCUUGGCCAAAACCAUUAUGGUGGUGCUGGCCUUCCUGGCCACCAAGCCAGGAAAUAGUGUGAGGAAAUGGCUGGGGAAGCUUUUAGGGAACUUAAUUGUCCUUUCAUGUUCUAUUGUCCAAAUUAUGAUCUGCGCUAUCUGGUUGGGAACUGCUCCCCCCUUCCCAGAGUCAGAUAUGCAUUCCCAGGCAGGAGAGAUUGUGCUGCAGUGCAACGAAGGCUCAUUCAUCAUGUUUUACACUGCACUUUGCUAUAUGGGCUUCCUGGCAGCUGUCUGCUUGACUUUCAACCCGGCCAGAGAGAAGUGGGGAUCGUACAUGAUCCAGUUCGAGUGCUCCCUGGAAGCUAACGACAUUCAGGGCCUCCCCAGCAACCGAAAGAGAGCCCUCUUCCUGAGCCACUGCUGA